CUGACUCAUCAAGCUGAUGUCAGCAACAUUUUUAGAUCAAAAAACACGAUUAAAUAACGUUAAAUGUCUUUAUGAACGUGUGACCGCCUCUAGUCGGUGGUAAACGGGGUUGAGGGGGUUUAUUUUGGCGCUGAGGAGGAUUUCCUCUGUGUAACGGCGCUGAACUGGGGGAAGAGCUUUGGGAUUUCACAAUAACGGGUCUCGCGUCAGCUCACUGCUGCGUCCAGAGGAUCUCGGCUUUAUUUGUCCGGCCUGUGGUGGAAGGCAGGUGGUUUCCCCGUCAGCCUGCUGGAGGAGAGCUUUCUGCAGCCGUUGCUGUUGGGAUGUUUCAGCCAACGGUUUGGCUUUCUAAAAGAGAAGACUACUGGCAGGAAGAGACAAAAACAAUGCUGACUUCUCACCUUUGGCUGUGUGUUCUCUGUGCUGUGCCCGUUUGCAGCUUUAUUGAUGUAAAGUGUCCCAGAAAAGACCCUCCUCCUGGUGUGGUGGUUAUUUCUCCAGGAAGUAGACUGGUCCUAACCUGUAGCGGCCAUGUGUGGGUGGACGGAGCAAAGGUCGUCCUGAACGGGUCAAACAUCAACAAAAGAAGGCCGGCUCCAGUCAGAGACACGGCCACUAAGAAAGCGGCCGGAAACGCCGCAGUCCGGACUAAAAACCAGACUUCUCUGCAGAAUCCAGUAAAUGAGAGGAUCUUUUCUCCCACGGCGGAGACCGGAGUCAGCUUAGAGCCAGACAGACGCACCGCCUCCCCUCUCACGGUCCAACCAGCCUCCACCAGCACAACAACGAUGGGUGGAUGGGAGGACAAAGAGAUGGAAAGUGAUGAAGAGGAAGGCAGCAGAGUAACAAGAGGCUUUAAACUGAGACCUCAGUGGAAGCGGACUGAACAGCUGGUGCAGGGAGGGGACACAAACAGGGGAAAGGUCACAUUUCUGGGUCACGGGGCGGCUCUGACUCUGGAGUCAGUGAGACUGACGGAUGCAGGGAAUUACACGUGUCACCACCGAGGGAGAGAGGCCUUUGCUGUUGAAGUAGCUGUUGCAGAUCCUCCAGAGAAACCGAGUCUGUCCUGCUACAAAAAGUCCCCCGAAAGUAAAAUCCAGUGUGAGUGGAGGCCCCUGAAGCCCGUCGCAAAGGUUCCCAGCUGUUACCUCCUUCUGAGUAAAGGGUACCUCAACUUCUGCUUGGGAAAUGGUGCUUCUUUGAUCUGCGGCCGUGACCGAAAUGCUGCAACAAGCCGGCUUAUGUACAUGCAUGAGAUCCACAAGGCCCUUCGCAUUGACCAUUUAUGGCAUGAGACGCACAACUUCCACCAGGUUCCCUGUUCCUACUCGUCUCAGCGGUCCCUCUGCUGGUGCGCUCUGGAGCACAACCAGAGCGAGUUGAGGACCACACAUUCUGCCCUCCUGUGUGUGACGAGCAUCACGGGAAACGACACCAGCAACGCCAUCAAAUUCACACCUCUGAACUUCAUGAAGCCUGACCCCCCCUCUGAUGUGACAGCCCACCAGGAGGAACGGCAGGAGAAGGUGAUAAAGGUCACCUGGAACUUACCACCAACCUGGAAGCACCAAUGCAACUGCUAUGACAUCAUUUAUGAGAUCAGAUAUCGACCCGCGACAUCCGUUAAUGAUCAGGUAUCUAUGAUCAGAAGCAAAACCUCCUACGUCAUCACUAAUGUCCUGUCUGGUGUCGACUAUCUGAUUCAGCUCCGGAUCAGAGAAGCUGAUGACGGACACUGGAGUGACUGGAGCUCACCUGUACAUGCCAGGAGCUGGACAGCUGAAGUUGUAGAUUUGACGACACCAAUGGUUUAUUUGCAGACUCUGGCUGACUAUCCUGAUGGUUCUGAAAACGACAGCUACAGCAGCUCGGGUCACCCCUACGUGUCACACCAGGUCAUUUGGAUUUCUGCUGUUUCCGCCUCCUCAGCGGUCUUUUUGGUGAUCUACGUUUUCAGAACAAAACUGAUGUCUAAGUUUAACAAACAUCGGGUCACCCCGUUCGGUGACUCGCCUCCACCUUCGCUACACAUCCCAGCGGCCAAAGACGAGCACGCUCUGUUGACCUUUGACCUUUAGCUUCACAAGGAACAAGCACUAAAUGACACACAGGAAGAGGAAGAAAAUGAGGAAGAACAAACUGUUACGGGACGGGUCACUGUGUUUCAUGAAAAUAGUCUCCUACACCUAUCUCCUGCGUCAGCUUCUGAUAGAAAACAGACGGUGAAACUCUAGGAUAAGAAAAUACUGACAGAUCUACGUCACCCUGUCACCAACAUUCAUGGACUCACCCAUCUGGACUCACGACGGGGAAGGCUGUUGUUGGUUUAGCGUCCAGGAAACAGCAGAAAACGUCUCUGCUAGUAGAAGCUAACCGUUAGCAUUAGCACAGCAGAACUCCUCCGGGCUUGUGUUAUUUGUGGAGAUAAAACAUCAACGUUGCAGAGCAGAGUCAGUGGUAGAGUCGUGUUGCUGUUAGCCAAUCAGAGGGGAGAUGCCCACAUACCAGGAAGUAAGACUCCAGAUCCUGUCUGAAGCUCAGCUCUGAUAUGCUGUUCCACACCGUUAAGGAAACUGCUCAUUUACAGGUUCUGUGGGUUGUUUUGCACUCGAGGUCCAGCAGAAGUGGACAUUUUGUUUGAGUUGUAAAUGCUUUUCUGAAGCACUAUUUUACGUGUGGAUUCAACUCAGUAUUAUGGCUUUUGGAGCAUCUUCUACUUUGUCCUGCAGCUGUGCCAGCUGUAGGACCGCACAGAGGCCAGUUUCUUUCUGCCUUGUUUACACAAGUUUAUCCAGAAGGUCUGCUGUAACAACGUUUUGUAUGUUAAAGGAGAAAUGAUGCAAAACUCUCCUUUUGCAUCAUGUUGAGUUGUCAUGUGGGUCUCUGCUGCCUCAAUAAAAACUCCAAACAUGAAAAAAAAACACAGUCCACCUGUUUUCUGUCAGUGGUUGUUUUGAUCAAUUAUGCCUAAAACAAGCCGUUUCAUGGAGCAGAAUGUGCAAGUCUGUGACCGUCCAGUGUGAGCGGCUCUGCGACAGCUUGAGCGCUCUCGCCACCAAAUUCAGAUUCAGCGUAGCAGCAAAUUGGUGGCGCUUUAUAAAGGAGGCUUAGAGUGAUGGUGUGCAGUUUCCCUGGCGAUAGGGGGCAGUACAUACCUAAAUCAAUGCAAGCAAGCAUUCUUUUUGUGUUCGAGUAAGACCGUACCAACGGAUGGCCCUUAAGGUUGGUUUAUGCUUGACGCGUCCGCGAGGUCCGCAAAAGUUGCGUCAUUUUAACAACCACGCCCCUCCACCGCGCCUCCACACGGCCCAGAAUUUCCGCAACACGCACCUCGGAAAAUUUCUAACCACGCGGACGGACAGACGCGGAAAAACAUGGCGGACCGGCAAGAACUAGUAUGGCGGAGGUUGGUAAAUACAGACAAUUGUAUGAUUCAGCUCUCAGAGAUCACCGUGAUCAACAUGUUGUUAAUAAUUCUUGGAGAGAAAUAUCUCGCACUGUCGGAAAAGACGAGGACGCUGUUAAAAAUGCUGGAAUGCCAUGUUGUAAACAGUAAUUUCUACUUCUACUAUGGUGUAGUGUUGGAUGCAUGCCGUAGAGCUCCAUGCUGCCCCCUACAGUUUGG